AUGAGACAUGUAUUCACCUUUCUUGCCAUUCUCCUUCCGACCUUGAUCUUCCUCCAUCUUCUCGUCGCGCCAUACACCAAAGUCGAGGAGUCCUUCCACGUCCAGGCCACCCACGACAUACUCGUCCACGGAUUCCCCGCCGACACCCCGGAUCUCGACCACUCCAAUUAUGACCACUUCGCUUUUCCCGGAGCUGUGCCUCGGACCGCUAUUGGAGCUGUCAUCCUUGCUAAGCUGUCGCGACCCGUCAUUGCGUUGAGCAACGCGAUCAAUCCGCCGGGCAUAGCUGGCGGUAGCCUCUACUCUAAUGGCACCGAUCAUUUGAACUUGUCUGAAGCUGAAGCACCCUCUGGUAUUGCAGUGGCACUGGCAAAGUUCUCAAAUUAUCUUCCAACGUUGAGCAACGGAGCUGAUCGGCAGAUCCUCGCUCGAGCUAUUUUGGGCCUAUACAAUGCAUUCGCACUGCUUGUAUACGCGCGCGGGGUGCGGCGCAGCUUUGGCGUGGUUGUAGCAACAUGGUACUUGGCCUUUCAAGGCAGCCAAUUCCACCUCAUCUACUAUGCAUCGCGGCCACUAUCCAAUAUGUUUGCCUUUGGGCUGACAACACUAGCGAUGCGCUACCUUCUUCCAGAUUCUAUGAUCCGCAUAGGUCGGUCCGGUGACUGCCGUCUGUCACUGCUGCUGCUCACCAUGGCAGGCGUGAUAUUCCGCUCGGAGCUAGCUGUGCUAGUCGCUACACAGACGCUAUUCUUGCUUAUCACUCGCCAGGCCAGAUUCUUCCAAGAUGCUGUCUAUGCUGGUCUUCUUGGUCUUGUUGUGGGUCUCUUCGCUACCGUCUUUACCGAUUCAUUGUUCUGGGACCGUCUACUCUGGCCAGAGCUGGAUGCGUUCUUGUUCAAUGUCGUCUCGGGUCAGUCAUCUGAAUGGGGAAUCGAUCCCUGGUAUUUCUACUUCUUGAAUGCCCUUCCUCGCCUUCUCCUCAACCCUCUGACUUAUCUCAUUGCCCUUCCUGUUGCGCUGCGCCAACCCGCAACUCGACAGCCGGCGAUCCCACUGCUUGUGCCAUCUCUAGCUUUUGUCGCCUUGUACAGCGUCAUACCACACAAAGAAUGGCGCUUCAUUAUCUAUGUCAUUCCCUCUCUCACCACUGCAGCUUCGCUAGGUGCUGGAUACCUCUGGACCCAUCGUUCGCGCUCUCUCUUUGCGCGAAUUGCCUCUCAUUUCUUGGUCCUUUCCACGCUUGCAUCCUUCCUCCUAUCGAAUCUCGUGCUUCUCCCUGCCUCAGCCGCCAACUACCCAGGCGCGCAUGCUCUAAACUUGUUGCAUCGCCAUCACAAUCAGGCGGCAGCUGGGGCUGAUUCGCAGCCGAAUGGCGCCUCCGUCUAUCUGGGCAACCUAGCGUGCCAAACAGGCGUCACACGGUUCUUGCAACAGCCUGCGACAUUGGGCUGGCACUAUGAUAAGACCGAAGAUGAAGCUACCAAGUCCCUGGGCACCUUCUGGGACAAGUUCGACUAUAUUCUUGUUGAAGCGUCUGCGGACCCUGAGUAUAAGGAUAGCGAUGAGACUCAAUUGCGAGAUGCUCUCCCCGAUUCUAUAUGGGAAACGGCGGAGACCGUCAAUGGCUUCGCUGGCAUUUCUAUCCUGAGACCUGGAUCCCCAGCAGACGGAGCUGCUGAGCGCAAGCUCCUGUCUAUGGUCGGGGGUCAUCGUGCAGUGAACUUGUACGAGCAACUUCGCGACUCGGUUCGCAAAGUCGUUUUGCGAGGCUGGUGGGUUGAGCUGAAGAUGCGGCCGAAGCUAAAGGUACUGAAGAGGGUUCGAGGGAAUUAA